GGAACCUAUGCGGGCGCGGUUAUGGUUCUCGUCGAUGAACAAGGGGUGUACGGAGGGCUGCUGGAGAAGUACUCGGCGGAUGACUUGGGGACGACGCUCAAGAAGUGGCGGAGGUCCGCUAGGGAGUCGGAAACUCGUCCAUGGUCUCGAUUCCCUCCAGCUGCGGGAGGGAGAAGAGGUCCUCAGAUACGGAAGAGAUGGAUGAGAGGAUGCCUUGAUAUAUUCGAGAUGCAGUAUCAUCGGCCACGAUGUCGAGGUUGCCAUCGUCGUACUAGAUCUUGUGGGCUCGCUUCGGAGCCUGAUGCUGUGGCGGGCUGGGGGAGACGAGGAGCUAACAACAUACUGGGCGCUUAUGCACAAGGACUGCAAUUACUGUUACGGAACAGACGAGAUGAACCAUGUCUACGUACGACGGAGCUUCCGCGCUCCCGCCAAGGCCAAGAACAGAGCAUUGAGAGGGAAUCGCAAGGCUAGCAUAGGUGACGACGCAGAGAGCGUUGCAAGAGAUGCUGAAGUGCGCACAGGAGGGGCGUAAUAAGAAAACACUUGCAGCUAUAUGCGACAAGCCUCAUGGUUGAUGGACGAGUCGGAUUGAGAGCUACUGAAACGUUCCUAGGCAGCUGGGAGAGGACCAAUUUCGCUGAGGAAGCUGAGGAACGCCGCAAUCAGAAAGACGGUGCGCGUCCAUGGGCCUGAGCCUGAGCAGGACACACAGUUGUGAGAAGCAGGACGGCAAGCGG